CAGGCUGAUUGCCCAUUCAUUGUAUGCAUGACGUAUGCAUUCCAUACCCAAGACAAGCUCUGUUUCAUCUUGGACCUAAUGAAUGGGGGGGAUCUCCAUUACCAUCUUUCUCAGCAUGGGGUCUUCAAUGAAUCUGACAUGCGCUUCUAUGCUGCAGAAGUGAUCUUGGGUCUUGAGCAUAUGCAUAGAAGAUUCAUUGUGUAUCGUGAUCUGAAACCAGCAAACAUCCUCUUGGAUGAGCAUGGCCAUGUGCGAAUCUCUGAUCUUGGUCUUGCCUGUGAUUUUUCCAAGAAGAAGCCUCAUGCCUCUGUUGGCACUCAUGGAUAUAUGGCUCCAGAGGUCCUGUCAAAGGGAACUGCAUAUGAUUCAAGUGCAGACUGGUUCUCUUUUGGAUGUAUGCUUUACAAGCUGCUCAAGGGCCAUAGCCCCUUCCGACAACACAAAACCAAAAACAAACACGAGAUUGAUCGCAUGACUCUCACCAUGGUAAGUCGCAUUGUAUGACACUUUUGCUUAGUAGUCUUUGGCUUGAGAAAUCUCC